AUGCCUUCCGGGGGAUGCUGGUGCGAUGGAACAAGAUAUGAAUACGGCGUGAAGCCUCUUGAAAGGAUCCUAUGCCACUGCAUUACGUGCCAGAAGAUAUCCGGUGGUGCUUUCACGGUCAACCUCAUGGUUCCAACCAAGGACGUGCACAUGACCAAGGGCGCCGAGAACCUCAAGAGCCACACGCAGGAUCAUAUUCUGGGCGGCAAGCUCUCCGUCUACUUCUGUGGCAUCUGCGGCACUUGCUUGUACAAGCAGUUGCACAUGUCGCCCUUCGAUCAGAACUUCGUUAUACAGUCGGGCACGCUGGAUGAGGUGGAGGGGAAGCUGGGAGCUGAUGUCGAACCGCCGGACCAGGAAAGCUUCAUCGAGCGCCGUGCUGGUUGGUUGCCUCCCUUCGAGCUCAUCGACAUGCGCAAUGAUUCGCGGAAAGUGGUGGCUACAAAAUAG